AUGAUAGCUCUAUCCAAGGUUGCUCUCGUUGGCUUUGGAUUUGCGCAUGGUGCAAAUGCGUGGGGUGCAUUGGGUCACGCGACUGUAGCCUAUGUCGCGCAGCACUAUCUAUCCUCAGGCACCGCAUCUUGGGCACAAGAGAUACUCGGCGACUCAUCCAGCUCAUACCUGGCAAACGUAGCAUCAUGGGCCGACCAGUACCGCCUAACAACAGCCGGCAAAUGGUCCGCCCCAUUACACUACAUCGAUGCUGAGGAUGACCCCCCAACAACCUGCAACGUGGACUACGCCCGUGACUGCGGCGAUGCAGGCUGCUCAGUCUCAGCCAUUGCAAAUUACACUCAGCGGGCAGGCGAUGCCCGCCUCAGCUCCAACCACACGGCCGAAGCACUAAAAUUCCUAGUGCACUUCCUGGGCGAUAUCACGCAGCCGCUGCACGACGAGGCGUACGAAGUUGGCGGCAAUGACAUCACCGUCACCUUCAACGGCUACAGCGACAACCUCCAUUCGGACUGGGACACGUACAUGCCCGAAAAGCUCGUUGGUGGGUAUGCGCUCACGGACGCGCAGUCGUGGGCUAAUACCCUGGUUGAGGAGAUCACCUCGGGCAGCUACAAGGCUGAGGCGGCGAGCUGGAUCCAGGGCGACACUAUCAGCGAUGCUAUUACCUCUGCUACGCGGUGGGCGGCAGAUGCCAAUGCCUACGUUUGUACUGUUGUCAUGCCGGAGGGGGCCUCGGCCUUGCAGACUGGCGAUCUGUAUCCGACAUAUUACAAUUCCGCGAUUGGCACCAUCGAGCUGCAGAUUGCAAAGGGAGGAUACCGCUUGGCCAACUGGUUGAACUUGAUUUAUGGCACUAAGAUUGCGAAGCGCGACCUGGAACGGUUUGUCAAGGAAAGUCGAAAUGAGGCACCAGAGCUGGAACUUCUAGGCCGCAACUUUCUCCCCGAGUCUCGUCCUUUAAGUCGCGCGAAGCUGGCCAGAGAAGCUAUGGAGGGUUCCUGCUGUAACUCGGACAAGCGUGAGCAUGUGCACUGA